AAAGUAGACGUGCAUGCGUAAGCCUCCAUUGCACAUUGGUCGUCCUAAUUGUCGGUAUGAGCUUUUGAGGUCCAACUUCCCGUCAUUCAUUGGCGAGUCAAGGACAAGACAGUUGUGUAUAUAUAGAAAUAAACGUGGUUGAAACAAGAAAUUUCUGUGUAUUAUUCUAGCGUUAUCUUAUUCAUAUUAUUAAAUUGUGUACACAUUUUAAGUACUGAAACAAUGAGUCCAACCUUUGCUAGUUUACGAUUGCUUAGUACUGACGGGAGAGAUUAGUCCGAGUUUUUGACAUGGACUCACUUAAUAUGUGAGAAAUAUUUUUUAAUGUGUGACCGCAUUCACGUAGGAAGAUGCGUUGCUAAGCUAACUUGGCUUUCACUUAAGCUUAAUGUCGCUGUUGCGAGGUUCACUAAAUAGUCUUUAGCUGGUUCUGCUCCGGUUGACGACCUUAGCAUGCAAAUCAACAUCUGACAUUGUUUCAUUUGUGUGAUUAUUCGUUUAUGCUUAUCUUCGAUUAUCAUUCAGACGCCUAAUGUUCCGUCCUACCAUACCGUCUGCUUCAAGCGCAGUCGGUUCAAAUGACUGAAUAGCCGUGAAUAGUAGCGGUAUUCUGGAAAAGUGCGGGAGAAAUGAAGGAAAUGGAACAGUCACUCGAAUUAUACGCAUGGGGACGAGGAAAAGCCAGCUGGCUCGUAUCCAGACGGACAGUGUGGCUGAGAAACUGAAGGAGCUGUAUCCCGACCUGCAGCUGGAGAUAGUCGCCAUGUCGACAAUCGGUGACAAAAUCCUAGACACGGCAUUAUCAAAGAUUGGAGAGAAGAGUCUGUUUACCAAAGAGCUAGAGAAUGCCCUUGAGAGAAACGAGGUGGACCUUGUUGUGCACUCUCUGAAAGAUCUGCCUACCUCACUUCCUCCCGGGUUCACUAUCGGCGCUGUCCUUCAGCGUGAAAAUCCCCACGAUGCCGUGGUGCUUCAUCCAAAGAAUGCCGGACUCAGCUUGGACAGCCUCCCAGAAAAGAGUGUGAUCGGCACGAGCUCCCUUCGCCGGGCUGCGCAGCUAAAGAAGAGGUUCCCCCAGCUGGUGUUCGAAAACAUCCGAGGAAACCUCAACACUCGUCUCAAGAAGCUGGAUGAGAAGGAGGACUUCGCUGCUAUCAUCCUGGCCGCGGCCGGGCUCAAGCGCAUGGGCUGGGAGAGCCGCAUCGGGCAGGUCCUGGGCCCUGAAGACUGCAUGUAUGCUGUUGGCCAGGGGGCGCUGGCGAUCGAAGUGAGGGCGCGAGACCGUGACAUCCUGGAGAUGGUGUCUGUCCUGCAUGACCCAGACACUGUGCUGCGCUGCAUAGCGGAGAGGGCCUUCCUCAAGCAGCUGGAAGGCGGGUGCAGUGUACCAGUUGCUGUCCACACAGAAGUCAAGAACUCUGUGCUCUAUUUGACCGGUGCAGUUUACAGUUUAGACGGCACGGACUGUCUAAAGGACACUAUGCAGACCAACAUAGACCUCCAUGACCUGGUGCAUGAUGGCGCAGGGGAACGCGCACACGUUGGGGUCACGGCGCACAGCCUGCCUCUGUUGGCCCUGGAUGCUGCCGAGAAGCUGGGAACGGACCUAGCCAACCUCCUGCUUAGCAAAGGAGCCCAAGACAUCCUCACCACAGCCAGGCAGCUUAAUGAUGCCCGCUAAAGGCCCUUCUCAGCUGCUGCCCUUUGCCAUACACCAUGCACUUAACACCGUGAACCUGACACACAGCCCCACCACCCACAUUCAGAGUGAAAGUCAUCUCUAUAGGCCAGGUGUAUUUGUUAUUUGGUGUAGAAGUUUGCACUUGCAAGAUGAAGGCACUGCUGUUUAACUAAAAUAAUGAUUCUGUAUCUCUACCAGUGAGACCACUAGGCUGUUCUUUAGGCAAGGAAGGCAGUGAUGUUUUUGACCACACUGAACCUUGUCGGCUCUUCUCAAACAAAGAGCAUUUGGAGCUAAAUAUACAUUCCAAGAAAAUGUAACUAACUCUGUCAUAUAGCAGCAAGAGAUAAGUAGCUGAUUUUGUUGCACUCCAAAUGGUUCAGUGUCUGUCCUAUAGAGCAGUUUCCCAGUUCUUACCUUGUAUAUUUUAAUAUUUUCCUGCUCCAACACCCAAACCAAAUGGCUUGCAAAUUAGCUGCUGAGCUGAAGUACGUUAGCAGCAGGUAAAGCACUAAAACGUGCA